CUCGCUCUUCUAAGCGCUGCUUAUCAUUAGGAUCACUCGUCUUCAUAACCUCGCUCGCCGUUCUGUUACUCUCCCGAACUCUCUGCAACCGCGUCCCUUGGUGUCGACCUUGGUCUCGUAGCAUCAUCAUGUCGCAAACAACUCCAUCAAGCUCACGUGUGAUUGUGGUCGGAGGCGGUCUUGCUGGUCUUUCGGCUGCUCAUACUGUGCUUGAACGAGGAGGAACUGUGACAGUCCUGGACAAGAAGCCCUCCUUUGGAGGCAACUCAGUCAAAGCUAGCUCUGGAAUCAAUGGAGCGGAUACUCCGGCUCAAAGAGCGCUUGACAUCAAAGACUCUGUGAAGGAUUUCAUUGCGGAUACUACUAUUUCCGCUGGCGACCUUGCAAGGCCACAACUCAUAGAAACCCUCACAAGCAACUCCGCGCCAGCCCUCGAAUGGCUCUCGACCUCAUUCUCGGUCGACCUCUCACUCGUCUCCAGACUCGGUGGCCAUGCCAUCCCUCGAACUCACAGAGGGAAAGGUGGCGCACCGGGAUGGGCGAUGACAUCUGCUCUGAUCAAGAAAUUGGAGAAGGCCGCAGCUGAGACGCCGGAGAAAGCUACACUUGUGAAGGGCGCGAAGGUGGUUGGUUUGGUUCGAGAAGGUGAGAGGGUGACGGGGGUUGAAUAUCAGGUCGGGGAGAAGACUGAGCGAGUUACAGGGACUGUUAUUUUGAGCACUGGUGGCUACGCCGCAGACUUCUCAUCAACUGGCUUCCUCUCCUCAUACCGACCCGACCUCCUCGAGCUCCCCACUACCAACGGCGACCACUCCACCGGCGACGGACACCGUCUCGCCACCUCCGUAUCCGCCUCACUCAUCGACAUGGAUCAAGUCCAAGUUCAUCCGACGGGAUUCAUUGACCCCGCAAACCCAGACGCGAAGACAAAGUUCCUCGCUGCUGAAGCUCUGAGAGGGGUAGGUGGUCUCCUCGUGGAUGGAAAAGGGCGGAGAUUCGUGAAUGAGGUUGAGAGGAGGGAUUUUGUGACGGAGAAGAUGCAGGAGGUUAUUGCGGCGGGUGAUGGGCCGGUGAGGUUGAUCCUGAAUGAGGAGAGCUAUCAAGAGUUGAAGGCCCAUUGUGACUUCUACAUCUCCAAAGGCUUGAUGAAGUCCUUCGCCAAUGUCGCCGAACUUGCGCAAACAACGGGCGUGUCUGGAGCGCAGUUGCGAGAGACUUUCACUAGCCAUGGAGAGUACGCGAGCGGAAAACAGCCAGAUCCCUUCGGAAAACAGCACUUCCGUAACUCUACAUACGAUACUGAGACACCAAUCUAUGUUGCGCUGAUGACGCCCGUCGUUCACUACACUAUGGGAGGCAUAUCCAUCUCUCCGACUGCCCAGGUCCUCGACGCCUCAGGAAAGCCAAUCGCCGGACUGUUCGCGGCCGGCGAGGUCAUCGGUGGCGUCCACGGUAAGAAUCGUCUUGGCGGCUCCAGUCUUCUCGAGGCAGUAGUAUUUGGGAGGGUGGCUGGUGAGAGCGCCUCGAAGUGAAGGAAAGACCGGGACAAAGAUGUCAUACGACACGAAGAUGUACAUGUGCUGUAUUACCAUGGGGUGUAAUGUUUAGUAGUUGCGUGGCCUGUUGGAACAAUCGCAAGUUCGCCGCGUUGUCUUUCAUGUAUUUCUCCAUAUGCGAGAUGGAACUAGAGUCAAGGCAAUGAUAGCACCAUAUCUGAUGCGAUAAAUUAUCAUGAUUUCCGGAUGGGCCAUGGGCCACACAUCUUCCUACCUACGC